UUAAAGGAAGCAUGGCCGUGCUUCCCCCCCCAUCUCUACUUCACAACGAGAGGUGUCCCCCCUCUCCAACGCCCCCUUUGUAUCCAGCAGUUUCAACUCACCACCCACCCCUAAGUGCACCACCGAUUCAUCAGGACCGCAACUGACAAUCUUCUGGCCCAGCAAAGGGGCCCAGGUUGGACUGUGUGUGUGUGUGUUGUGUGAUUGGUUUAGUGCGGGUUGUUCUAUUGGGGAGGUAACGUGUGAGUGGGGAAAAGUGUAUGAGUGUAAUUAAUGUCCGGUUAUUGCAUGUUUAUCUGGUUAUUGUUAGUAAAUUAGUAAACUGUGUAAGCCGUCUCCUCUCACUCUCUUUUAAGAUUAGAUUCUUGCAUGAAUAGUAUAAUUCGAGUCACCCCCCUAAGGUAAAAAUACAGUCCUUUACAGGCUCCCGUACAUUUUGGUCCUUCGAGCCGGAUCUAAUCAGUUAGGAUGUCCAAAUCCAAAGAGAGUGAGAGAGCCUUAAGCCCCUCCCCAGAACCACCAGCACGCUCUGUUAGAGAGUGCAGGUUACCCACUAGAUUACAGGACUAUCACUUGACUACCCCAGACAAGACUGACAGCCCUAGUAGUUUAGAGAGUAAAGCACCUCAAGUGGCGGAGGGCAUUAUUGCAAUACCUGACUUAAGUGUGACUACGCAACCCAGUAUUCACCCCUUCUUCUCACUAUCAAGGGAUGAAGAGAGACAGGAAAAGGCGGGGCCGCUGCUGGCAGCAGUCAUCACCCUGUCGACAGAUAUCGCCAGCCAAGGUGAAACGGAGGAGGAGGAACGGCACAAAGAGGAUCCACCGGGAGGUGGCAACUUACAGAACGGUGCCAAGCUGGACGACUUUGCCGAUUUCACCACCUUCGGGAUCGCCACGUCCCUGCUCCUGAGGACCCCUGCCCUGGGGGACAACGUCCUGUGCGUGUGCUAUGUCCUCUCCGUCUUUGUCCGCCUCUGCUUCUUCUCCAGUGGGAUCCCCUUCAUGUACCGUGGUCUGCCGUGCAUCUACUCCUCGGCCAUCCUCGCCACCUCCUCGCUGCUGCUGGGCGGGAACUCCGCCACGCUGCGGGUCAUCGCCGUGGCCAUGAUCCUUUUUAUGAUCAGCCAGAACUUCUACCCGCACGACCGAGUGCUGGAGUCUCAGGCCUGGAAGAAAGUUGUCUACGUUGGAGGAGUGAUGAUCCUCUUCUGCUGUUCCAUCUCUCCGGCGUGUGUUUACUACCUGCUGUGGUCCGUCUCUUACCUCCUGUUCCCCACAUCUCUGUGGAGCAGUAAAGUGUAAACCAAGGCGUCCAAUUCCACGCGGCGGCCAUGAGGGCGGGGUCCUCGUUCCUUCUGCCCACAAACGCAACAACAGUUCCACUUCUAGAGAAGUCUUCUCGUGGAACCUUCUUCAAGCCAUGACGUCUCCAAACUUCUUCAAAGUUGAUUUCAUGCACAAGAAGCCCCCCUCGUCUACUUUUCGUCCGAUACUGUUCACAGACUGACGAUUAAAAUGAUAUGGGGGCCACUUUGCUAGUUUUCCCCUUCAAACCAUAUAGAUUUUUUUUACAUAGAUGUUUUUUACAGAACUAGAAAUUGCAAAUUUUGGGUAAAGGUUUCGCGUGAAUGCUGAAGAGCCAAAGCAAAACUGAAAUGCUAACAUUUAGCACGUUAGCUCGUAACAAAAUAAAUUACCCAUAGGUGUAUACCAGCAAAAUGAGCUAAAAAUAAAGCUAAAAUGCUUACAGUUAGCGUUAGUGAAAUACUGUAUGUGCAGAGAAAAAGCAUAAAAUUGUUUGCUCGCUAAAAGGCAGCAUUCGUCAAUUAACAAAAUAGUUGACGCUGCUGAGGCGUAUAUCUGUAAAAUUAGCACCAAAAAAAGCUAGCGUGCUAAUAAUAGAACGGUAACGAUUCUGUUAGCCAUGCUAUCGGCUAUCAGAAUUGCACACACCUGGUGUAAAUCUGUGCAUAUAUUUACCAGGAGACUGGUAGUUAACUCAUUGAAUAAAAACAUAAUAAAAACCUC